UUUUGAUAAAAGAAUGUGGCAAUGGCUUUCCAAGUUACCCAAAAGGAAGCUUUGGCAUAAAACAGGUUUAUGUAUAGCCACUCUUACUGGACUCGAAAGUUUAUGCCAUGCGAGACUUUACUGUGAAGACAGUUCUAAAAGUAUACAAGAAAUAGAAAAUGACUUUCGAGUAAAGAAAGCUAUUUUGGAGUCUCGAGCAAAGGCCUUGUACCAACAAAUCAGAUGUUUAGAGUGUGGAAAUGGUCAAACCAUUGAGUAUUCCGGGGCUCCUAGUGCGAACGAAAUACGACAACUUGUCUGGGAUUUGCUAGUGGAAGGUCACUCAGAAGAAGACAUCAAGGGUGCUAUAGAAGUGCAAUAUGGUCACCAGGUUUGGAUGACUCCACCACUGGAUACUAGUCGUCUGUUUGAAUUCAGUAUUCCUUUCUUUGGAAUUGCUGUUUGUUUGGGUUUAUUAUAUUUUCGUUAUUUCGCUCCUAAAAGUCCUCGAGUCUAUGCUAGGCAAUUAGCUAAAGUAGACAUAGAAACUCCAUAUAUUUAUGAACGGCGUUUGAUGGACUUGAUAACGCCUCCUGGACGUAAGUAGUAAAUAUGAAACAAUCGGUUUCCAAAAUAGUAUUCAUUCGACGUCCGUUUUGAGAAAUCUCC